CAUCAGUACUUGUAGUAUAUUUCACAGCACACAUGUAAUCACACUCCACCUGUACAACCCACUCGACAGUGCAAUUUCCAACCGUUUUAUAACACUAACUGUACAGUAUUGAUGGUUGAUCAGAAGGAAUGCAGAGUAAAGAUUUUAUUGUACAGUUUAACUGCCUCUUUUACAUAUGACAACUUUUGAAUCUCUGGAAAGAGCUAUGUGCAAAUUGCAGGACCAAAAUGAUUGAAUUCCAUUAUUAUAUUCUGUAGUAAUACCAGCUCACACUCCACCAACAAAUGCCAGCACCUAACAGCUCUUGGGUUCUGUAGGGUUGGUGUGUUAACCCAGUUAAAACAAUUAUUGAAGUUUAUAUGGGAAGUGUGCGAGUUCUGUUAGAAACUGCCACUGAGUUCAGUAUGAUUGCGGAUAAAUUCUGUACCAUGAUACCAGUGUGGUAAUGUUUGAACACUUUGACUAAUUACCUUGUCAAUGCAUGCGUCUCACCUUGACUUUGCACAAGUAAAGUUAGCACCAGUAAAGAAAAGGCCCCUGUGUGAGUGUGUACUAUAUGUGAAGCGUGAUCAGCAGCUCACUUCUGUGUUAUGUAGGUUCCAGCAUCAGCAACUGCGGCAGCUGUACAACAUCUGCUGCUGUUUUCUGAUAUACCACAUACACUGUCAUGAUUUUCAGUUUCAUAUUUAGGUCGGAUCUCCGAAUUUUUCCUCUACAGAGCGUCUACAGUGAAACUUGUGUUAUUUAAAUAAGGUGCAUAAGAUGUUUCUUUCUAGUCCUGGAUUUUACUAAUGAAUUCUUGUCCAUUAGGGUUAAUCCAGAGAGUAGGAAAAGAGGGCAGAGAGACGAUAAACUACAAGAAUACAAGCUAUCCAAGCAUGUUGAUAGGAAACUAUUGAAAACAUGGGAGAGAAAGUAGUUUACCUUAUGGCGUAUCAUGUCUCCUUCAUCAUGUUUGUAUGGUCAUACUGGCAAACCAUCUUCACCAAACCAAUGAACCCACUCAAUGAGUUCCACCUGUCACACACUGACAAAGAACUGCUGAAGCAGGAGGAUCGUGUUGAAUCUCAACAAGAGAUUCUGAGAAGAAUAGCCAAGGAUUUACCCAUAUCCACUCGCACAACGUCUGGAGCUAUUCGCUACUGUGAUCGGUGCCAUCUGGUGAAACCUGACCGAUGUCACCACUGCUCAGUCUGCGACAAGUGCAUCUUGAAGAUGGAUCACCACUGUCCAUGGGUGAACAACUGCGUGGGCUUUUCAAACUACAAAUUUUUUACACUUUUUCUUGCAUACUCGUUGCUGUACUGCCUGUUUAUCACUGCGACAGACCUGCAGUACUUUAUUCAGUUUUGGACUAAUGGCUUGCCAGACACUCAAGCCAAGUUCCAUAUUAUGUUCCUGUUCUUUGCUGCCUCAAUGUUCUCAGUCAGCCUGGCUUCACUGUUUGCUUAUCACUGCUGGCUAAUUUGCAAAAAUAGAUCUACCCUGGAGGUCUUCCGUGCACCUGCCUUCCUUCAUGGAGCUGACAAAAAUGGCUUCAGUCUUGGAGUAAGCAAGAACUUCUGCCAAGUCUUUGGGGAUGAAAAGAAAUAUUGGCUUCUGCCUGUUUUUUCCAGCCAAGGCGAUGGAUGCUCCUUCCCCACAUGUCUUGUGAACCCUGACCCAGAACAGCCUGCCUCACCAUCUGGACAUCCUGUCAAAAGUGAUGGAGAAAUCCAUCAAUUUCCAGCUAAACCUCUGAGAGAAUCCCAAAGCCGACUGCUGAGCAAUGGACAGACUUGGACUGAGAGUGACGAGACAGAGGAACAAGACCGAGAAGGAGCAAGCAACCCGGCCAUGAGUAUAGAGAAAGAAACAUAGUUUGGUCACAGUGCUGACCUAUUUAAGGAAACAAGAUCCCUAUGUGGUCCUGUGUGUUUUCUGUGGAACAAUGAAGAACCUUUCUUCUGCUGCAGGAAACUCUCCAGUGGGUUCCAUGUAAUUGCUUGAGCAAGGUGCUUCUUAUUAAAAGCUGACUGUGCAGUGUUACUGGAGUGUCUAUAUUCAUUAGAACCGUUACAGUCUUUUGUACUUUUGUACAAAGUAUGGAGACUUUGUGUGUGUGUGUAUACUGUCCUAAAUAUACACAGAAAAUAUUAUUUGAGUGACAACAAAUAAUCAAGUGAUUAUUUACAGCUAAUGCCUUGUUUGUACCUUGUGAACUUGUUUUGAGGCUAAGUUUAAUAUGAAAUUGGGAUGAAACGUUGUGGUUUUGUGCAUGCUGUAUGGUGCAUAUGUAUGUUCCGUUACAAAUCUGAAAGUUACGAAGAAAACCUUUAAAAAAAAAAAUGCAAGAGAAACUCUAAUGCCUGAUUGGUGUCUUGAAUUGCUGACGAUAUGUAGCAAAGUCCUAUCAAAUGGUACUCCUUUUUUUAUGCUUCAGUUGUUUGCAUGUGUAGGCAGACAUUUGUAUUUUUAAUGAAGUACACAUUAUGAUGAUAACUUGUUUCAUUGGCCCUGUAUAUCACUCUUCAUUCUAAAACUCUUCAUUAGAGAAAAUAUUUUUCAGUGUUGAAAUAUUACGUGUAAUGCGUUAACAUGAACACACUCCAUUUGUGUGCAGGACCAAGUGAACAGGUUUUAAAUCCAAGCCACUAAAGGAAAUGAAUUACACAGUAAACCAAUGAAAUGCUUUUUUCCCUCAUAUGCACAGCAAGAGAAAAUGUUCGCUCUUUUGCACUUCAGAUUAGUCGAUAUGUGAAUCAUUUUAAAGCUGCUUGCACAUUUUGUCAGUAUUAAGAAUACAUCUAAAAACUCAUUUGUUUCAAUUUGCAAUUACUGUAAAUAGUCAUUUCCUUUAGGAAAAGAACCAAAAAUGAGGUCUGGUGUGUUUAGAUAUGAGCAUUUAUAUGAUUGUGUAUACAAAGACAUAUGCAGUGUAUGUGGACAGCAUUUUGAAAUCUGUUUAUACAAUGACCACAUCAUUUGCAAAAAAUCUGUUUUGUGAUUUUGGACACGGGCACUGAACGUAUUUAAAGAACAGUGUAUCUAUUGUGAAGAUAAUCCAUCAUGCACGAACAACAUGAGGGAGCCACAUUUUUGAAGAGGAGAGAAUCUGUUUUGUGUCUACAUAUCAUGUUCUGCACAUUCAGUGCCCUUCAGAAUUAUUGGCACUUUUCCUAAAAAUAAUGAAAUACUUUUUUUUUUUCUUAUCUUUGGUCUAACAAAAGAUCAUGCUCAUUAGAUUAAAACAAUAGUAUUUUCUUUCAAAAAAUAAAUAUGGCAAAAAAUGUUCACCCCUAAGCAAACAAUAAUGACAUUCUUUGAAAAAAAACAAAACAAAAAAAACUACACUUAUUUUUUAAUUUGUUGUCAGUCCCCAUAAAGUAGUUUUACCAUUUCAGUUGUCUAUUGGGCGUCUAAAUAUGAGGUUGCAAGCAUGUAAAAUUCCAUUGUCACCCUUUGUUUCUUAGCAUGAAAGAAACAAAGUAUUUUCAACCUAGAGACAGGUGAUUGUUGCCCUGUAUAAUUCAUAUAAAAGAUAUAAGAUGCAUAAGCAGUUUACAAUACAGUGAAGCACAAUUGAGGCUACAACAAACAGUUUCUGAAAUAGUUAGAAAAAUUUCCAAUAAAUGAAACCCUCAUGGGCACAGUCCCUCUGCACAAUGAGGAGGAUGGUGAAGGAAAGAAAAAAGAAAAGAUUGCAGAAUGCUAAUUCAGCGUUUUAAAAAUGCAUGGGUUUGUUGAUUGUUGUAGUAUCUGAACAAUGAGCUAUUUGGUAUCACUGCAAUAAAGUAUCAGUUCCUGAGAACAUCUCAGAAAAUACCCCACCUGAGAUUCACCACUCAUCAUUAGAACUACGAUUGCCAUCAUGUGCUUUUGCAACUGCUGGUCCAGGGCUCUUAUGAAGAUUGAUGGCAUCAGGAUAUUUCAGCUGAGAACUUGGUUACCUCUGCCAGGAGGUUCAGACUUGGCUUAAGCGCUUUCAGCAAGAUGAUUAGUCAAACAUACAAAUCAAAACACAAAUAUGUAAAGAAACAUAGCAUCAAUAUUUUGCAUUGACUGACCUACCAUCUAUCCAGCCAUCCAGUUAUUUUUGCUAAUUUUCAUGAAGAUUGGCAGUAAUUCUGGAAGGCAUUGUACACAUUUUUCCACAUUAUUGUUCAAUCUUUGACCUGUUGCUCAUUUCUUUUGGGAAAUCUUGUAUUUUUACAGGGUUUAGUGGUUAGCACGUUCACCUCACACCUCCAGGGUUGGGGGUUUGAUUCCCGCCAUGGCCCUGUGCGUGCGGAGUUUGCAUGUUCUCCCCGUGCUGCGGGGGUUUCCUCCGGGGUACUCCGAUUUCCUCCCCAGUCCAAAGACAUGCCCGGUAGGCGGAUCGGCAUGUCCAAAGUGUCCAUAGUGUAUGAAUGGGCGUGUGAGUGUGUAUGUGAUUGUGCCCUGCGAUGGAUUGGCACCCUGUCCAGGGUGUACCCCGCCUCCCUGGGAUAGGCUCCAGGUUUCCCCGUGACCCUGAAAAGGAUAAGCGGUAUAGAAGAUAGAUGGAUGUAUUUUUACACUAUACCAAUAUGAAAAUCAGACAUGCCAAGACCUUAUAAAUGUGCUGCAGUGUUUUUAUGUCUGUUUAUAAUCCUAGAAAGAGUAGUGCUUCAACAUAUCACUGAUUUGAAGCUAACCUUUUGCCAUAACUUAUGGCUUAUAUGGUACAGUUUGUCAAAGUUUCAUUGUUAUCGAGACCAUUUACUAAGCUACAUGAUUUAUAGUUUCAUGGACUAUCAUUUACUAAGGAUUUGCUGAUAAAAUACUUGGAUAAAUGUGUUCAGUUAAAAUAAUAAAGCCAUUGUUUUAUGUACUGUAGCCUACAUGUGGUGUUACCUGCAGAUUAGGAUUCAGUAGUAAUGUUACACACACAAAAUAAUAGUAAUAUACUUGAAUAGAUAAUGAUGUUAAAACAAACAAAACAAAACCCCUGCAUGACAGAUCUAAGAAAACGGCCAAACAUUUUUAAAAGAAUCUACCUACAUGUAUUCAUUAAAAUCCUUAAAGCUAAGAGCAAUCUCUGCUCUACUGUUUUGUAGAAUAACAUUAAUUCACAUGCAAGUGUGUAUGUAAAACAAUACACCUAAACAUGCUUCCCAAUUUUGUAGACAAUAGAAAAUCUGAAGCCUUUAUUUACAAAAGCUCUAAAAACAUUCACCUUUGUUAUUGCAUAUUCUCAAAAUGGACAUUCUACAAAGGGGGAAGAAAACUUACUACGUGACAUUCAACAGAAGAGAAGCAGUGUCCAUGCAGUUCACACCUCUGUAAAAGCUCAGACCAUGACUCAACACAGCAUUUAUUCAAACGCUAUCAGUACAUGCACAAAACAAAACCCAAACAGCACAAAACAUGCAUGAAUGAAAAACCAGUGCUACAGGUAAAUAUAAUUCCACUGACAGAGUACUUGAGUUGGUUAAGAGUUUUUUUUUUUAAAUAGCACAAUGAAUAAAAGGCUUUGAUUUUAUACUAAAAUUCUACAAAACCUUUAAGUCAGUUUUUUAAAAAUGAAAUGAAGACAGUCUUGAUACAGAAGAGGUGACCUCAGUUCAAUUAAACAGUGGCAGUUAUGCAUCACUCUCCUAUUUUGUGGUAAAACCUGUGUUAGCCCAACAUAAAGGUAAAAUCAGUGCAAGGCUUCACUCGUGCCAUCAAGUGCCAGGAACUUCCGGUGUGUGACUGUCUCUCGCUCCAUCUGUCUCAAGCUACUGCGGGUUGUGAGAUAUCGACAUGGUACUCCUUGGAUCAGGGAAUAACUACAUGUAGGUAACUGG